AUGUUUGCUCCUCCAAGACCAAAUAAGCGAGCCCGAAUAUCCGAGGACACGACUGCAUCCUCCAACCAGCUACCUGUCACUACGCCGAUCAGUUCAUUAGUCCAAUCUCGAAAUCGUAGGAGCUUUCUCAGCCGUACUUCCCGGCACCCAAUAUUUUGGCAUCUUGAUGGUUCAGUUGUAAUCCUGGUUCAGAAGACCCUUUUCAAACUGCAUCGUUCUCGUCUCGCGUCGCAAUCCGAGUAUUUUGCCAUUCUUUUCAAGGGUAUACAGGAUACAAGUAGACAGAAUGAUGAUGACAUUGUUGACGUCACAGCUCUCGUGUCCGAAGUUGAUGGUAUCAUUGAAGAUGAAAUAAUUGAUAGCUGUCCGGUUUAUAGGAUUGCAAGGGUAACAGCUGAGGAUUUUUCUGUCCGUUUGAAGGCAUUGGACAGUGGAAUUGCCCUUGUCUUGACACCACCGCCGUUCUCUGAUUUAGUUGCACUAUUGCGUGGUGCCCACGCCCUCUCGUUUCCAACAGUAUCCCUUUAUGCCUCUCACCUACUACGUGAGAUGUGGCCCGCAGACCUCUCACAGCUCGCAACUCCAAGUGAAAAACACACACGGCAUGCAGCAGAGAUGCUUCGGCUGUCGCGGUCGUGCAACUUCCCUGAAGUACGCAAACGGGCAUUCUACGAGUUGCUCCGCAGUGCAUCCUUUAGCCAAGCCUCGGGUGACCUGGACGACAACAGCUUCUCUACCGUCUUCGGCCAGGAUGAGCAGCCGAUUACAUGUGCCUUGGACCGAAUCGACAUAUUACGUCUUGUCUCUGCAAGGGAAUUUUUUCAACAGAUUUGGAUGAGACUCAUUCGCGCUCCACCCUCUCCGUCAGCGGUUCCGUGUCCAUUGGAACAAAUCUUUGCUGGGAUUAAUCCCUCGCAAGAGUCUGCUCUGCAGCGCUGCCGUGAAGCUCGUGCGGGUAGCGUCACGCAGUGGACGGCGGAAGUAAUCCAAGGCACAAUCUUCGACGAGGGUUUUUGUGAUCCACUUUGUGCGUUGGAGAAGCUCGCAGACAUGGACUGGGCCGGCAUGGGCUACUGCACCGGCUGUAUUUGUGCGCGCAAGGAGCUAUGGAGUGAAGAGCGGGAGGCGGUAUGGCGGAAACUGGACCGCUGGCUGGGGCUUUCUGGAACAGUGGAACAAGAUUCAGAUGAUAUUCAGAUGGCUUCGGAAUAA